CAGGCGCCAUGCCUGGAGACCGGAAGCAGAAGGCUUGAACGCGUUGGGUGGGCACCUGUGAGACCACUAGCCAUGCGCGACUUGGAGGAGCCCGGCCCUCGACCCACAGCGACCUCUUGCGGGUGCGUGAAGCCGGCUCUGGAGACAGGGAAUCUUUUAACUGAGCCAAUUGGUUACUUGGAAUCCUGUUUCUCAGCCAAGAAUGGUACUCCAAGGCAGCCAUCCAUUUGUAGCCAUUCACGGGCUUGUUUGAGGAUUAGAAAAAGUAUCUUUAAUAAUCCUGAACAUUCCUUGAUGGGCUUAGAACAGUUUUCUCAUGUUUGGAUUUUGUUUGUUUUUCACAAAAAUGGCCAUUUGAGCUGUAAGGCAAAAGUGCAGCCUCCUAGGCUGAAUGGUGUGAAGACUGGCGUUUUCUCUACAAGGAGCCCACAUCGUCCCAAUGCGAUAGGACUGACCCUAGCCAAACUGGAAAAGGUAGAAGGUGGAGCCAUAUACCUUUCUGGAAUUGACAUGAUUCAUGGCACACCUGUACUAGACAUAAAGCCCUACAUAGCUGAUUAUGACUCGCCACAAAAUUUGAUUGAGCCUUUAGGGGACUUUAAUUUACAGAAUAACCAAUAUAAACCAAAAACCGUGUCCCAGUGUGACGGCAAGACUGAUAGCUGUGACCAGCAACAGCUCUCAGGGUACGAGGAACCGGAGCUCUACAGUUGUACUAAGGAGAAACCUAAAUGUCCCGAAGAUAGAACUUCGGGAGAAAACAACGCAAAACACGACAACUCAGCAAAAAUCCAGCAAAGCUCACCUGAGCCCAGGGAGAGAGCAGCAGAUUUGGGUGAAGAAUCAGGAAGUGGUCCGAGUCCUAGGACAGCAGAAGAGCAAAGUGGCCCAUGUUGCCUGGAGAAGAGCUUUCCAGAGGAACAAGCAGACAGCAGGCUGGGGAGAGGGGAAGCAGUGGCGGUCGCACAAGGACACAGCAUGGAGAUGCCGCCCGAGGCUCCUCCCUGCCCUUCCAGGGCGGCUGGUGCAGCCCACCGCAGUGCGGUCCCCACCUGGGUGAGAGAGGCUCCUGUGGCCACCUUGGGAGUCCGGUUUACUCCUCACGCGGAGAUGGACCUUGAGCACCUCAGCUCAGGUGAACCAGGUAUUGGUCAGGCUUCAUUUAAGUAUUUUCGGUCAGCGGAGGAAGCAAGGUGUGCCAUCGAGGCUGUGCUGUCAGCCGACCCUCGGUCUGUAUAUCGACGGAAACUCUGCCAGGAUCGUCUUUUCUACUUUACAGUAGACAUAGCACAUGUCACGUGCUGGUUUGGUGAUGGCUUUGCAGAGGUCUUAAGGAUCAAGCCGGCUUCUGGGCCUGUUCAGAUGAGUGACCCUGCGGAGUCCUUGGUGCCUCUGGGAUCGUGAGUAGCCUCCAUCGAGUCUUUAAGACAGCCUAAUUAACUUCGGUAUGGCUGUUGGAUUUUCUGUACAACCUAAUGAUGUGCCUUCUUUGCAGAAAGAAGCAACACUUUGUGAUCUCACCGCUUUGAUUGAUUUGGGUUGUUCAGAAUAUUUACUUGAAAAACAUGUAUUUUAAUAAACUAAGAGAUACAGAAUUUGGAGAAAUCGCCAUAUCAUGAUCGUUUUUGAUCAGUUAAUAUUGAAGAAUCCAAAGGUGAUGCUUUAUCAGUGUUUUCUGAAAGAAGUCAGUUCUUCUUGGCACUUGAUAAAACUGGGCAGAAGCUGGGGGGAUGUGUUGAACAAUUCAUGUUGGUUUUUUUGUCUGAAAAAGUCUGACCUCUCUGUUUUAUUCUAAAUCAAACUGGGUUGUCAUAUCUUAAGAAACUAACAAAUCAAAACCAAGUAGUUAUAAAGA